AUGGAGAAGACUCAUUCUCCCCCCGACAUCAACUACGUCGAGGACACGGCCAACGACAAAAUUGACGAUGGCCACAAUGUGCCAAUCGACCAUGUCACUCCCACGGACGAAACGCCCGAAGAGUACAAACUGACGUUUGGGAAAAUGAUGGCCAUCUUGCUGACGAGGCGGCAUACACAGUCGUUCCAACUCGGCUACUUCUCCGAUACCUUGGUGGUCACCAUGGUGUCCACACUGCUGCAGGUCAUCAACCGCGACAUCGGGCCCAGCAAGUCGUACGCCUGGAUCAUUACAUCCAUCACUGUCGUCGGCGCCGCCGUGGCCCCCGUGGUCGGGCGCUUUGGUGACAUCUACGGCCGCCGCAAUUUCCUCCUCGCUGGCAAUGCUCUGGCCUUGGUGGGCACCGCAGUGGCCGCAACCGCCAAAACUGUCAACACUGCAAUCGUCGGCGGCAGCUUCAUUGGGGUAGCCACAUCGAUGCGCCAGCUGGCCUGGGCUUGCCUGGGAGAGAUUGUGCCCAAGAGGGACCGUGGCCUGGCGUUUGGGUUCCUGCAGCAGAGUCUGGGAGCAGCCGCCGCAUUCGGUCCAGUCAUCGCCUACGGCUUCAUCAACAAUGGCUCGUGGAGGCCCGUGUACUGGCUGCCGUUCGCGCUCGAUGCCACCUCGUUCAUCCUGGUCUUCUUCUAUUACCACCCCAUGAACCAAUAUAUUCAUGAAGUGGGCAAAACCACCUGGGGCCAAUUCCGGGAGACCGACUUCAUCGGCACGUUCCUGUACAUGUCUGGCGUGGUGGUCUUUCUGCUGGGCAUCUCGUUUGGCGGCCAACUGUUUCCCUGGCGCUCCGCUGGCACCAUCGUGCCCAUUGUCUUGGGAUUUGUCACCCUGGUCCUGUGUGGCAUCUAUGAGGCGUAUGCUAAGCAGAAAUAUGCCAUUUUCCCGCGCGAAGUCAUCAGCAACUUCCGUGGCUUUACCGUCUUGCAGAUCGCCACCUUUCUGCUCGGCAUGCUCUACUACUCCAUCGCCGUCUUGUGGCCGGCACAGGUCCAAGCCCUGUAUGCCACGUCCAACCUCAAUAUUGGCUGGUACGCCGCGGCCGGUGGCUUGUCCAGUAUCAUCUUCUGCCCCAUCUUUGGCAUCUUGCAGAAAAAGCUCCCUCACUCCAGGUGGCAACUGCUGGUCUACACCGGAUGUAUGACCAUCUGCUGCGGCUGUCUGGCUACUUCAACCCCGGCUUCCCACGUCAGCUCGACUGUUCUGGUCGCCUUGUCCUUUGCCUUUGUAUCUGCCGUGUCCAUUUUCGCCACGGCCAUGGUCCAGCUCAAUGUCAAGCACGAACACAUCGGCGUGGCAUCCGGCUUGACCGUGACCAUGCGGACUCUGGGCGGCGCCGUGGCGACCACGAUCUACCUGACCAUUCUCAACAACAAGCUCGUUUCCAAUCUCCCGAAAUACGUCGCCACCCCGUUGGCCGAGGACGGAGUGGCUCUCUCGCUCAUUCCGGAUGUCAUCGUCGCCCUCACGUCCGGUGACGCGACCAGUCCCGUCCUGGCCCAGCUGUCUCCCAAGGCGCUCUUGGACGCCGUCACGGGGUUGAAAGGGGCGUAUGCUAAUGCCUUUCGACUCGUGUAUCUGGUCUCGAUUGCCUUUGGCGUCAUCGGCACCUUCACUGUGGCAUUUGCCGCGGACGUGGACCAUCAGAUGACCCGCAAGGUCGACGUAACGCUCGCCGAGGGUGCCCAUAUCAGGGUCCAGACAGACACCGGUGAGGGCCACAUCAUCGGUCGCGAGAGCCACGAGGAGAAGGGUGUCAGGGUGUGA